AUGAACGCGGAAAAUGAUCAAGGGGAACAAGUUUUAAAUCGCAAAUGCUCCAAAAGAAAUUUUGAAGAAUUGAAAUCAUUUGAUAGUGUUGAAUUAUUAAGCGAUCUCCCUUCAACGUCUUCGAACAAGAGAGGUAAAGUACACCACUCAGGGGGAAAAAGUGAAGAUAAUUUUUCUGAUGAGUCAUGUCAUUUUAAUCUCUGUCCAAAAGGAAAGAGAAAGUUGGAAGAAAAUUCUCAAGAAAUAACGAAAGAAAAAAAAAAAAAAAAAAUUACCGAAAUUGAAAAGAGCUAUUACAACUUUGUUAAUGGCAACGAUGAAGGCGCCAUAUCGAACUCCUUAAAUGAGUUUGCCCCGGAGAAAUCCAACCAAAAGAAGCAAAGCGCAUACCAGUUAGAGAAAAAUGAGGAGGGAGUCACCCCCCUGCACACUGCCAUAUCGAAUGAUGAAUUGAUCCAACAGGAUGAGCAGUUGUCCAAGGGGAGGGAACUCAGUCAGUUGGCAAUUAUCCCGUUUGAAGGGGAGUACAGAAACAGCGCAUUCAAUUGCAAAUCAGAGAGGAGCAGUUACAUCAGCCAUGGCAAUAGCCACAUGGGUAUUGGUGUACGAGACGCAAAUGACGUGAAGAAUAUUUUCCACCUCUUAUCCAAAAAAGACAUUUUCUACAAAAAUUUAAUUAAAAAUAAAAUAAAAAGUAACAAACCGCUAAUGAUCAAGUGCGACAAUUUGAGUUUCAUUUUAAACAGAAAUAACUAUGGGGGGAGUUCCUUCCCUAAUCAGUUCGUCCCGAAUGAUAAAACAUCGCAUUUUGAUGAAAACCAUCACUUUGCUAACGCUGGGAUGCAAUCCUCUACAAUAUUCGAAGACACAAAGCCUGAACAAAAUCUACACCAUAUGAACGACGAAGGAAAUGUUCCGCUCUUUUUCACUUCGCUUAAUGAAGAUUCUUCCACCACAGGCAUAAGAUCCAACAACGAAGUUCCUAUUUUGAGAACACACAAUAAUGCAAAAUCCAAUUUGGACACACCUCUUGAUCCUAUCAUUCCGAACGUGAAAAUGAACAUGAGUGAGAAUGCUGUGAGGAAUAUCAGUCCAUACCCCACCGUUUAUCCCCCUGAUAUUUUGAACCAAGAUGAUGGGAAUUAUUUCUCCCCAGAUAAGACAGCGCAAAAUAAUGAAGUCCAUAUAUAUAACCAACAUGAUUGCACAAAUUAUUACAUUCCAGACCAAACUGAUAAUUUUAAUACCGUCCUUAUGAGCGAAAAUCAGAAUAGUUCUGAAAGCAUGGGGAACAUGAAUUCCUUGAAUGAUGUUGGAAAUUAUUAUCAGGCCAAUGAUUAUAAUGCUUACCAAUGA